AUGGAGGAGCAGCAAGAGCCUCAUUCACUGGCGUCGACGUUUCCAAACCCACCGGAUUUCUGGAAGGAAUUCACGCCGGAGAGGAUCGCAGAGAUUGCCGAGCUGCGACGAGCUCAAGCCGCCGAUGGCCAAAGCCAGGACGCAGACAAUGUGCGAAUCCCGAAUCUGCCUGAGCAUCUAAUGGCUCUGCAGCCGCCGCCAGAACCGGCAGAUGGACGGUGGCGAGUCUUUGGCGACCAGUACAUGCUCGACGACAGGCUCCCGACUCUCGAGGACCAGGGCAUCGAAAACCUGCCUGCAACGGCUUCCUCCAGCGCCAAAGACGCCAAGCACUACGAUCGUGCCUUUGAGCUCAAGCGUCUGACCAAGUCGCUGCUGCUCAACUUCCUCGAGCUGGUCGGCACCAUGACGCGCAACGCGGCCGACGCUGAGGCCAAGGUCGCCGACGUGCGCACCAUCUUGAUCAACAUCCAUCACAUUCUUAACGAGUACCGGCCACACCAGGCCCGCGAAUCCGCCAUCGAAAUGAUGCAGGACCAUCUUGACCGCACGCGCACCGAGACGGCCGCCAUUCGCACGCAGGUCGAUAAAGCGAGAAAAGUGCUAGAAGGCCUGGGCAGCCUGGACUUGUCAGCGAUUCAGAAGAUUGGCGAAAUGGAAGACAACGGAGCGCGAAUUGCAAGAGCUCAAGCUGACGCGGGUGAUUUUGUGGCCGCGUGCGAAGCCUGGAUGCAAAUGCACCGCCAGAUGUAG